AUGGCCAAGCGCAUCGCCUGCUCCAUCAACUCGGCAGUGCGGAAGAUCCGCCUGGCCCUGAUGCACUCGGGGAGAGGCUACGAUGAGGCGCGCUGUCCCUUAUCCUUGCCAAGAUCGGGCGACGACGACCCCGCGGACACGGAUGGGCUGGCGCCCAAAGAAGCCGAGGCGGUGACGUGGGGCUUCGUCCGGAGACCCAGUGGUGCCGCCGUGUCAAGGUGCUGUGGUGGUAAGACGAAGUCGAAACGCCAGAUUCGAGAAGUGUUGAAAGAACGCUUGGGGAUUGCAGCCUUUGCCACCCCGGAAAUUGCCACCGUGCUGUUUCUGCAGGGGGCACUGAGCAAUGGAAGCUAUCAAGACUUCGUUCCCGAGGAGUAUGAAGAGUUUAUGGUGCAAAGUGAGAUUUUGCAGAUCGUGAUUGAAGGGAUUUGGUCGCAGGGAGCAGCACUCUCCGUUGACGGUGAGACAGCCCUAGUCCUGGCCGACCGCGAUGCCGUGGAUGGCAAGGCUUACUCCAGGCCUCGGGUUGAAGAUAAACCCAUAUCCUGGUCCAGGAUCCUUCUGAAAUCCGGGAAGCUGCUGAAGAUUCCAGGCCUCUCCGAUGAUGAUUUGGUGAAGCGUUACAUCGGUGCAAUCUUUUGGCACACUGCGGCGCGCGCACCCAAUGGUACUGUGGACAAUGAGACGUAUCGGCGCUUCUGCCGGAAGCCCACGCGCCACGAGUCCGCGAAGCAGGCCUUUGACCAAGACAUCGUGGCUACGGAGGUCUAUGCGGAUGUGUAUCCCUCAGAUGCCGUACUUUGGCUUUCGAGUUUGCACCGCGGACCACUAGCUCCCAAGCUCCAAAAGAUCGCCAGCUUCGUGAAGGCCCGGCUACACGCGCAGCCCAGCUUGCUGGCGGCCUCGCCAUGGUCAUGGCAGGCUGGAUCCUCCUGCCUCGCGGCCGUGGCCUCGUUGGCGCUGGCCGUGGCGGCCGUGGCCAUGACAAUGAGAAGAGGGGAGAGAGACAGCCUGAGGGAACCCUUGCAAUACUUCUUGGCGGCCAACCUGAAACAGCUUCUACCGCCCAAUCGUGACGAGAUCACGGCCAUGCAACUAGCUCCGAACGACUGCAAAUAUUUGGGUUAUUUGGCACCUGACAAAAUGCCUGACAAGGAGACUGGGGAGGGCGUGAAACUGGAGCAGUACCUGGUUCUCGGCCCAGUUAGUGGGAUUCAGAAGUACGAGUUCGAGAAGCAGUGCAAGGUCUACAGCGUGGCAGCAGGCUUUAGGGAUGCCACCCAACACCAGGGAAUGGCAGAGAGACGUGCUGAACCUGGUUCCGAGAAAGGCGCCUGA